AUGUGCCUCUUUCGGGUCUCCUCACACUGCUGCCAGGUCCAUACUGAUUCAUGGCCCCUGCCUCUGUAUGGCCUUCAAUUUAAGCUGCUUACGCUUCGCCACUCUGCCAUGGGCCCCUGUACCCGCCUCCUCUUGCUGCUCCUCUUCUGCCCAGGUCCAGAGUGUGUCAUGGGUCCCCUGUACGGCCUCCCAUUUGCUGCUGACUUCAUCGCCAGACUCUGCCAUGUGCCACUUUCAGGUCUCCUUACACUGUUGGUGGGUUCCAUUUUGUGAUAGGGUGCUGUAUGGCCUUCCAUUGCUGCUGCCUCCACCGCCACCCUGCGCCAUGUGCCUCUG